CAGGACCUCAGUCAAAUAGUAACUUGCGCACCGAACACACACACACACAGUCACUCGUGAUCAUCAGUGUUCGUAUAUUGUGUUCACGUUCCGUCACCUGUCUUCAUCAUCAUGCGUGUGACCUUGGUCCUGGUGGUGGCUCUGGCACUGUUGGCACCGGCCGAGUGCCAACGUACUAGGUCCAGACUGCAGCAGAUGAUGCAGGGCGUGUUUGAUGGCAUGGGAAGUAUCGCCAGCAGGAUCACCAAUGGAAUGACCAGGACUCUGGGUACGGAGAACGCUGGUCGCGAGGUCCCUGUCCGCCAGCGUCAACACGUCGCCAAAGUCCCUGCCCGCCAGCUCGACGAGAACUCCUUGGCCGCUCCCAACGCCCCGCAGGAACAGCAACAGCAGGCGGCGGGCCGUCCAGCCGUCCGUCAGAAUCGCAACCGCUUCUCCCUCCGACAGUUUAUGGACGGAACUGUCUCCAGGCUGGUCAACUGGCUGCCAAGUCUUCGUCGACGAUCUUCCAACCGCCACCGCACUGGUCGCGAUGUCCAGGUAAGCCCUCUUCUACGUCGCUCCCUCUAUGGUUCAGAUACACACAGUGACGACAGUGACCUUAUUCCCUCGACGGCCCCUGACGGCAUUCCCUCGCGGGCGCCGACGAUCCAUGUAAUUGUGAACCUGUACGGCGAGGGCCAGGUCGAGGAGUACCCCCAGGAGGCCUCAGGGACCCCUGAUCAUUCUCUCACUGUCACACGCUACGCUAAUCACUCAAUCAACGUGCAGCAUUCUCCAAGUUUUGGCACCAUGAUGACUGAUGACCUGGAGAAUGUGACCAUGUUGAAUAAUGAUUCAGAGGAAGUGGCAGACACGACGACGACGACAACAGAGCCAUCUGACACUGAAUAUGUGAUGUACGCGUUUGGAGACGAGAACUCUCUACCCAAUGGUACAUUCCCAAGCGUCGAAGAAUUCAUCAACAAUUUCGGUCCAUCACAUUGGUGGGGACAGAAGUUGUCACAUCGUCCCCAAGAAUCUUACGAUACUCCCACUGUUGAUAAAGAUAACUCCACUGGCAAUGAUAAUUUUGACUUGUUCACUUCCCACUCUGUAAAUUAUCAAAUUCCAGUAAUUAGCAACUCCCCUAAGGUUGUGACCUCUAGAGAACUAAGCUCUGAGAUCACGGGCUACAAACAUGGUUUUCUAAAGGGAUAUGAUAGUGGUUUUGUCGACGGCACCACCAGAGCUAGUUUAGAGAGAUAUCAAUAUGGUAAUGGGAGCUCUAACAAUAACAAAGGGGGUCCUGAUAACCGCCACAGUGUUAAUACUAACGCCAGGUGGAGCCCAGGCACUAACACCAGGGGGCAGGUCGGUAGUGUGAAUGGACAGGGGAGUCAAAAUACUAACCAGCUUCAGGUGAGGGGCGGGGCUGCUGGGUGUGGCGUCAGCUGCUUGUGGGGCGAUCUAAUGAACAUUCUUGAUCAUUACAGCACGAGUGAGAGCACUGAGAACAGCAGGGCCAAGGCCUCAGCAGGGUCGGUGGGGCAUGCGGUGCUGUCUGAGCGGGUGCAACAGUCCUCGCCCAACACCCAACACGAUACCUACCCCGGCAACAGCUUCCCUCCUAAUAAUAAUGUAUAUACGCACUCACUAACUAACCGUGUACAUCGCCCCGGCAUAAACAACAUUAACACUGCCUUCGGUCGACGACCUCCUCAGUACCAACAUAACUUCCACCCCUUAAAUUCGGGCGUCACAUCUCAACCCAGAGUUAACAGGCGACCUCCCUCACCCUCCUGGGAUCAGACAGACGACCAGGAGGUCUUACCUCCCGGUCCUCCCUACUCUUCCUCUCCUGCCAUAUUUCGCCCUGACUACGACCAGAAUAGGGCUGCGGGUCGGGUAGUGAGCUGGGUGGCGGGGCAGGACCAGGGGGUGGGGAGACUCUCUAACUUCCAUAACGGUGGUCUGAGGAGGCGCUGGGAUGGUUGA